AUGAAGUCAUACAAAAUCGCAGCCAUCCCCGGUGACGGCAUCGGUCCCGAGGUCAUCGCAGCCGGCGUGCAGGUCCUGGAAGCCCUCAGCAAGACCUUCGACUUUACGCUGGAUUUCACCCAUUACGAUUGGAGUUCUGACACCUACAAGAAAACCGGAUACUACAUACCUGACGGGGGGUUAGACGAGCUACGUCGUCACGAUGCCAUUUUAUUCGGCGCGGUGGGAGCAUCAGACGUACCCGAUCACGUCUCCCUCUGGGGUCUCCGUCUCGCCAUCUGCCAACCCCUCCAGCAAUACGCCAAUGUGCGCCCGACACGGAUACUACGCGGCACACAGUCCCCGCUCCGACGGUGCGGACGCAACGACCUCGACUGGGUGAUUGUGCGCGAGAACAGCGAGGGCGAGUACGCGGGACAUGGGGGCCGAUCACAUCGUGGCUGUCCAUGGGAAGUAGCCACGGAGACGGCGGUCUUCAGUCGGCUGGGCGUGGAGCGUAUCCUUCGGUUCGCGUUCGAGACGGCGCAGCGUCGACCCCGGAAACUGCUGACGGUCGUGUCGAAGAGUAAUGCGCAGCGGAAUGGCAUGGUGCUCUGGGAUGAAGUGGCACAGGAGGUUGGUUGGGAGUUCCCCGACGUAAGGGUGGAUAAGAUGUUGGUGGAUGCUAUGACGACUCGGAUGGUGUUGAAGCCGGAGAGUUUGGAUACGAUUGUGGCUAGUAAUUUGCACGCGGACAUCCUCUCCGAUCUGGCGGCGGCUCUGGCCGGUUCCAUUGGGAUUGCACCGACCUCAAACCUGGAUCCGACCCGGAAAUAUCCCAGCAUGUUUGAGCCGAUUCAUGGAUCCGCCUUGGAUAUUAUGGGUCAGGGCGUGGCGAAUCCAGUGGCGACCUUUUGGACUGCAGCGGAGAUGUUAGCUUGGUUGGGGGAAGAGACGGCGUCGCAACGGCUGAUGGACGCAGUGGAGACGGUCUGUGAACGAGGGAUUCAGACGGUGGAUCUGGGAGGGACCGCGUCGACAGAGGAUGUGACAGCAGCUGUGGUUUCUUUAUUAUCUCAGUAA